UCAGUGGGUUUGGAUCAGGUUUGGAUCAAACAGUGAUGGAUGAGGGGCGGGGCUCCUCCGAUGCGCGUCACUGUGGUUCCGUGGAGCAGGAUCGCACCAUAAAUCUCCAGCACUUUUGAGAAGCCGGGCAGACGCAGAAAACAGCGAUCGGUAGUGAUGAACAUCUAAACUGGACGUCCGGCUCAAGUGGACAAAGCGAAAAGAGCAGAAGAAAAAGACAUCUGUGCUGUUCUUCACUCCUAUCCAUGAUGAGGGACUCUGUCUUCAGCUGCUGCGUUUCCCCACCCCAUCCUCCUAGAGGAGUGGAGGAGCACCACCAACAACACAGAAGCAGAGCUCAAGCUCCGCCCCCUAACGACAGGCGUUUCCUUAUAUUCUUUGACUUUGAUGAGACCCUGGUGGACGAGUGCAGCGACGACUCUAUGGUUACUGUGGCGCCUGGUGGAGUCCUGCCCGGCUGGUUGAAGGACACCUACCGUUCCGGCCGCUACAAUGAGUACAUGCAGCGUGUGCUGGCCUACCUCACCGAACAGGGCGUCACCCCGGCGGAUAUUCGACGCACAGUGGAGAAACUCCCUCCCUGCCCAGGCAUUCCCACUUUGAUGCAUUUCCUGCUCUCCCAGCCAUCAAGGGACUUUGAAGUUGUCUGUGUGUCAGAUGCUAAUACAGUCUUCAUUGAGACGUGGCUGGAGCACCUGGGCUUCCGCCCGCUUUUUCUGCGUAUUUUCACCAAUCCAGCUCACUUUGAUGAUAACGGGCAGCUGCAGCUUCGCCCCUUCCACUCUCAUAAGUGCCUGCGAUGCCCGGCGAACAUGUGCAAAGCAGUGGUGGUGAGGCAGUACGUGGCCCAGCGCGUACGAGAGAGGAGCGGACGGCCGUACCAGAAGGUUUUGUAUGUGGGUGAUGGGGCCAAUGACUUUUGCCCAUCACUCACACUGUCACCGGGUGACAUAGCAUUCCCACGCCGGGACUUUCCAAUGCACAAACUGAUCCAAGAGAUGGAGGAAGCCAAACCUGGAGAGUUCAAGGCCAGUGUGGUGCCCUGGAACAGUGGAGAAGAUGUCAUUAACACCCUGAGAAAAAUAUUAGAGAGGCCCUAAAUAUACACACAUACCUAAAUGAGGCCCUAAAAAUGUAUAGAGCUUUCUUAAGUACAUUCCAAACUCUUUUGGUUUUGCCAGAUAGUAUGAAACAACUUGGUUGUAUUGGCUGAAACUGCCAGGGUGAUAAGGGUCUUUUAUUAAGAUGUUGUUGGUGCAGUUCAAAUGGACCCGCUAUAAACUUACAUUCAAAUACACAAACCCAUCCAUACAAUGAUUAAUAUAUUGUGUAUGUGUUAGUGUGUAUGAUUCAGAAUCUUAGACUAUUAAAAAAAAAAAAAUUGCAUUAACACUAAUACCGGUCAGUAGAGUCUAUGCUAAAUGCAUUAUUUUAUUAUAAUUAAUACCAAUCAAUUAUGAUUAGGACCAAUUCCUGUAUUGUACUGUUAUUCAAACAUAAAUCUAAAUAUCUUGUAUUGUUCUUUUGUAGUUUUAAAGAUGCAUAUCUGAGAGGUGCUAUAUGUGAUUAUAUAUGUGAAAUGUAUCUUAUUAAUGAGAAAUAACUUCCAAUUGUUAGUAUUUGCAAUCAAACUAUUGUAUGUAUUGUAUGGUUUUUAUUAGUAAACUUGAACCCAUCCUCUGUUGGCAGGAUGUGCUGUAGUUUUUUUAACCUGUGAUUUUUAAGUAUGUGCGUUUGGUUGUGUGUUUGUUAAUUUCUCUUAUGCAAAGUCUGUGAACUUUGUAUGUGAGUCACCAGCAUGGAUAUAAAGCCAUUUA